GUACUCGGCUUCUGCAGCCGUGCUGGUUUCCCAUAAAGCCUCCCCAGGUGUGCGUCACCUGUUAGGACGCAGCGUUCCCUGUGAAAGCGCAGACGGACAGUGCGCAUGUCCGUCCAGCUUGGACUGAGCUGGCUGCAGACUCCACUACCGUGGCUCAGGAGUCGGCUCCCUGCAAGGUUAGGAAAAUAAAACCCAAGAUGCACCUCUGAACCGAGGCUAAAAGAUGCCACGCACCAAGCAGAACAACCCUAAAAACCUGAAAGAUAAAAUCGAAGAGGCGCAGAAAGAGCUGAAAGACCCCAAAGGUUCACAGAAAGGCAUAUCUGAGAGCACUCGAAGAGCUGCAGACAGCAUCAAAGGCCUAAAGAGGAAAAAAGUUGUUGCAGAGAAUCAGCAGAAAAAAAAUCCAAAGUCUCCUGUUAAGAAGCCCCUGAAAUCGAAAAUAUGUGAAGCUGCAGUCCACGACCCCUCACCUAAGGCAACAACAACUUCCUCCUUCUCUCACCGUUCCUCCAACAAUCCUCCAACAUCUCCAAGCAGGAAAGAAGACCCACAAAAUGUCAUACGAACUGCAACAUCCCUCGAGGAGGGGUCACGAUUUUCUGAUGCUGAAAAGGUGAAGCAAGAGGGAACGUCUUCUAGGCCACCAUCACGUGAGCCCUCGGAGAGUAAGGAGAGCUCCCAGGUGACUGCUGAAAAGCCUCCUGCCAAAGACGGCAGGAGCCCAGAGCAUAGCUUUUUGGGAGAGUCUUACCACAGCAGUGACCCUCUGGACGCCCUGCUGAAGGCCAUGGAGCCUGACUUCAGCACACUGACUGAGGGGAAAAGCCCCUCGCAGGCCAUUGUUAUCAAUAAACCGCCUGCUGCUCUUCAUCCUCAGCUCAGAGGGGAAGUACCACCCCUCCCCACAGUCAACAUAGGUCUCCAGACCCAACCCUCCAACAUGCAGACCUAUUACAUUGACAAACAAGGGAAUGUCAUUGGCAUUGCAGCAGCUCUGCAGGGAAAUCUGCAGACAUCCCAGCAUGGUGCCGCUCCUCUCCCUCCACCACAGUUUGUGCCAGUUGUUUCAAAUUCAGAAAAGCCUAGCUUGCACAUGAACUUUAGCACUGGACCACCAGCUCCAAUGGGCACCACAACUUUGCCCCAAAGCCAAGCCCCAGUAGCACAAACAUGCCAACCUGUUCCUGGCAAUGCUCCCAGCACGAUUCAGGUUCCUGUAACACUGGGCAGCAGCCAGAUGCAAAUGACCACAGUAAUGAACUUUGGUGCUGAGCAGGUCUCCAAGGACCAAAAACUUAAAAAGCCUGGAAAGUAUGUGUGUGAAUACUGCAACCGGGCAUGUGCAAAACCCAGUGUGCUGCUCAAACAUAUCAGGUCUCACACAGGAGAACGGCCAUAUCCCUGCAUCACCUGCGGCUUCUCCUUCAAAACCAAGAGCAACUUAUACAAGCACAAGAAAUCCCACGCUCACGCUAUAAAACUGGGGCUGAUGGCACGUUCUGAAUCUGGAGGUGGAUCAUUGUCUCAAGAAUCAGACAAAGCUGCCGGUACACACUCGGAUGCAGAGGAGAGUGGCGACAGUGAUGAAGAUGGUAGCACAGCAGACGUGGAUCCAGACUCCAUACAGAGCUGUUCAACUGUUUCCUCUGAAAACAAUUUGCAGGUUACAGGAAUAACACCCGCAGAGCCGAACUCCUUAGUAAAAUCCUCCCCAAGUCGCAGGGCCCACGAACCAAAACUGUCGGCGGCACUUCCAAAAGUUGUUGUGUAUUCAGUUAACGCGUCGCCUCUGAGGGCAGAUAGUCCAAGAGUUGCAGGUGCUGCACCUGAGCAAGCUGCUGUGCAAAGGCAAAGAGAAUUUCAGGCCACAAAUUUGAGAUCAGGCAUCCUGUCCUCCCUGAAGGAGGUGGAAGUCACGAAUCCUUCACUCGACACUGUAAGUGAAGAUGAAGACCAGCAGUGCAAGUCUCCUCUGUUGGGUGGGCAUGCUCAGCUUCAGCGGCAGCAAGCAACAGACUUCUCUCAGCAGCAGCAGCCUAAGUGUUUGCUCAGUCCCCGCAGUUUGGGAAGCACAGAUUCUGGUUACUUCUCUCGCUCUGAAAGCGCUGACCAGGCCAUGAGCCCCACAAGUCCCUUUGUAAAGAUAACUCCUCCAGUGGACCCUGACAUUGCCAAGACCACUCUUCCCAGCAUCCCUACUUUGGCUGCAACCGUAAUGCAUGUUGCAGCUGAGCAAAAAACACAGUCCACAGAGAGACAAAUGCGGCCGCCACUGGAAGCCAGUGCACGCUCCCUGGAGGAGCGCAUUUCAAAGCUGAUAUCCGACAAUGAAGCAGUGGUGGACAAUAAACAGCUGGAUAGCGUUAAGCCACGGAGGACCUCUCUGUCCAGAAGAGGGAGCAUAGACUCCCCAAAGUCAUACAUCUUCAAAGACUCAUUUCAGUUUGAUUUAAAACCAAUGGGAAGACGGUCGAGUUCCAGCUCAGACAUCCCAAAGUCCCCAUUCACCCCCACGGACAAGUCAAAGCCAGUGUUCCUGCUCUCUGUUCCUUCCCCCUACCCUCCAAUGGACUGUCUGCCAAUAACACGGAGUAACUCCAUGCCAACCACACCUGGACAUUCGGCUCUACCAGUCAAUGUUGCUCCCAUCCCCCACCCUCUGAGGGUCUCUCAAUCCUUUGAUGAUAAAAUUGGUUCCCUAAAUGAUGAGGUAUUCUCAUCAGCACCACCAACUCCAAACCCUGCCAUGCAUUCUCGCACGUUGGUCAGACAGGUAGCGGUGGAAGAUUUUUCCACAGGCGAGGGCCACGGCCUCCCUUCUGUUCGCUCCAUGGAUGAGGGCUAUCAUGGCCCAAGCAUCUCCGCUGACCUGAUGCAGAGGAGCAAGUCAUUUGAACACGGUCAGGACAGAAACAAGAAGCCGCUGCAAAACAAAGGCACGAUGUACGAGUGUGAAACCUGCCGGAAUCGGUACAGGAAGUUGGAGAACUUUGAAACUCAUAAGAAAUUCUACUGCUCUGAGCUUCGCGCCCCAAAGAACAAGCCAGUGAUUGUUAAAGAAGGUGAUCAAGAUGUUUUUCAUGUGAGUGUACAACACCCUAUCAUCCCAAGGUCAACAAUCAGCUCAGGGGUACUUGAUCAACAGACAUCAAUUAGGAAGAGGCGGAAAAUGAAAAGUGUUGGUGAUGAGGACGAUCAAUCUCCAACUGACACCAUUCCACCAAGUUCAGUUAGCUUCGAGUCUUCAAUAGAUCCUACCAACAGGAUGUCUCCUCGGCAUGCUCUAAUAGUAGACAUCCAGCCCAAAAACAAUCAACCAAAGCUACCUCAGAUCCAGCUUGUAGCACGAGUGAUGAAUACAGAUUCCAGACUAUCGCCUAUUAGAGAAACCCAGAACAGCAGCUCAGUGAAGGGAGAGCUACAGAGGCAGAGCAGCGGUACGUCCGUGAUUAAACACACCAACUCUCUGACUAGCCACGGCUCAUUUGAGACAGAUUCUGUUGAUAGGGCCUGUCUUCCCAUAACCAUGGAGAAGGAUUCUCUGAGCGAAGCCAACACAGAUGGAACAGCUGCCGACACCCACCACGAAAAAAUAACCCAGUCUCCCAGUACUGAUUAUGGAAACCAAAGAAACGAGCCAAGCAAUGAUGGCAGGCUUAGUGUAAACUCCACUCCUGUUCAUCAGUCUCGUCUCGUUCGCCAAAGCAACAUCCAGGUCCCUGAGAUUUUAGUCACAGAGGAUUCAGACAGGGAGCAUGAGACGCAUGCUGCCGAGCCAGCCGACAAGCCUCCAGAUCAGUUCAGCUGGCCUCAGAGAAGCGAGAGUUUGUCAAAGGUACCAGCAGAGAAACUUCCCCCAAAGAAGAAAAGGAUUCGAUUGGCUCAGAUGGAUCACUCUUCAGCUGAAUCCAGCUUUGAGUCCACCCUCUCACGCAGCCUCAGCAGGGACAGCAGUCUCUCUCGUUGUUCCAGCAUCUCUGCCUCUUUCGACAGAGAUGAGAUCUCUCGGUCUGAGAGUCCAUCCAGAGCAGAGAGUUCUUGGAAAGUCACAGAUACCCAAAGUCUGUCAGCAGCCUUCAACACCCUUGGUGUGCCUGGAAUGAUGAGGCGUGCCGCAUCUGAGCAGAUCACCUGCACCCAGCCCUCAGUGGAGAUUUCAUGUGAUUAUCGUAGCAAAUCCUUUGACUGUGGAAAUGUGUCUCCCAGUAGAUCUCUGUCUCCUGUUGGUCAGCCAAAGUUCGGACAACUCUCCCAGGUACCACUUAUCGAGAGGAGACGUGGCCCAUUGGUUCGGCAGAUGUCUUUAAAGAUCGGCCCAGAGAGUCAGCUGCCUGAGCGGAAAACUGUGAUUCCUUUAAAUAAACCUCCAACCACAAAUGUCAGCCCCUUUUCACAGAACAGAUCCCAGCAGAUUCACAUAUCCAGCAGACACCCCGUGGCUCAGCCGUUCAUCCUUCAUCCUACAGAGGCACCCCUGCAAAAGAAUGAGCAAAUGGUGCAAAGCAUUAAUCUAGGAAGUCCGACUCAGCAACCACAAGUCCAUGGUCUUCCACACCCUUGGCAUCAAACAUCAAGGGUUAAAAUUUGUCAGAAGAUCCAGCAGCCGCUCAGCCACAUCUCAGUGGUUCGGGAAAGUGUCCAGAACCAACCACCCAUCUUUGAAGACAAGAAAUGUUUUGUUCCCAAAUACCAACUCCAGUGCUCUCUGAGAACCAACCAAACAUUCUCCUUCUCUUGCACGCAGGGAGCUCAGAUCGCUUUGCCAAUUUUAACUAUUCCAAUAGCCAAUCCCAUGCUGAGCAUUCCCAAAUCAUCAGAUGCAAUCCAGAAUGUUUUUGUUGCCAGCCAGCAAGCCUCUGAGGUCAAGACCCAGACUGUUGUCUUGUCAGCCGAGCAGCAGAAUAACACGCUCAUUCAGAACCAACCAGGACCUGUUCCACAGAUCCUAAUCACUCAUGAGCAGAUGCACCCUUCUUCCUCCCUGUGCAAUAAAAGCAGUGCAUCAUUAUCUCACUGUGUUGAGAGCAACCCCCAAGUUAUGCUGGCAACAAAGAAAGACCUUCCUCCAAAUCCUCCAGACCAAGUUCCUUCCUUCUGCACGAAGAAACUGGCGUCAGUAACACUCUGCCCCCAGCAGGAACCCACUGCCUCCAGUAAACGCAUGUUGUCCCCUGCCAACAGUCUGGACAUCUACAUGGAGAAACACCAGAAACGAGCCAAGGACGAACACGGGGGGGCCUGUCUAACGGACGGCAGAUCCCUCAGUUUCCUCAAUUCGAAGAUGUCUGAGGUGACACGACAGCGGAAACUCAUGCUUGUUCGGCAGGUUUGCACAACAGAACCGGCGGACAGCCCCAUUGAGACUGAAGCUCCUCCUCUGCCAGACGUUAGAACAGACUCUGAGAAGGACUCGGAGGCCACAGAUGAUGUGAAACCCAUGUCGCCUGAUGGUUAUGGGCUGGAAAAAGACAAGGGGAGAGUGAUUGGGGAAGGUGUCCUUACUGCUACACCAGGGGGUCAGAACACCUCUGUGCCCAACACCUUUCUAAAGCCUCAGGAGAAAACUGAGGAGCAGAGGUGGUCUCCUGCCAAAUCCUUGAUCCGGCCCGCCAGUUUCCACUCUGGUCAGGGUAAACUGACCACAUCUGUAUCUGUGGUAAACACCAAGGACACCCACCGCCUGUCCUUUCCCAGCUUAAAGACCACCACCACCUUCACAUGGUGUUUCCUGAUGAAGAGGAAGCCUCUUCACAUCCAGCAGGCGGGUCAGAAGACAUCAGCGUACGCUUCCUGGACUGUAAGCCCGAACAAUCCCAACCCCCUGGGGCUACCCACUAAAGUGGUGAUGUCUCUGUUUGACUCCAAGCAGAGCUCCAAGAAAAUCCACUACACCUCUGCCAUAAAGACCAGCAGGAAGUCAGACAUCUUGUCAUACUCAGGCAAAUUGAAGGACAUCAUGCCCAAGGUUCCGGUUACCCAGAAGUCUGUAUCAGCAGAAACCAGAUGUAAACUACAAUCAGAACCUCAGACCAGUAACGAUUCAGACAAGGAAGUGGCACCGUCAGCAGAACCACGUCGUGUCAAAAUAUUUGACGGCGGAUACAAAUCUAAUGAGGAGUAUGUUUACGUACGCGGCCGCGGACGUGGAAAAUACAUUUGCGAGGAGUGCGGCAUUCGCUGCAAGAAGCCCAGCAUGCUGCGCAAACACAUCCGCACCCACUCGGAUGUGCGGCCGUACCACUGUGUGCACUGCAACUUCUCCUUUAAGACAAAAGGGAAUCUGACCAAGCACAUGAAGUCCAAGGCCCACAGUAAGAAGUGCAUGGAGAUGGGGGUGCCUGCAGGGGUGGUGGAGGACCAGGAUGCAGAGGACUCUGGUGACCGAAGUCAUGUGAGCAGCACCGAUCGUCAGGAUUCAGACGCCGACGACUCAGACGGCCCUGACGAUGAGGAGAACGACGAUGAGGAGGAGGAGGACAGUCAGGCGGAGUCGGGCCUGUCCACCAACCCCUCCGUGUCUGCCAGCCCGCAGCACAUCUCCUCCAAAGAGGCUGAGGUUCCACCCAGCGCGCUCCUCGCUCAGAUGUCCAUCAGCUCCGUGUCCCUCCCUCUGAAUCCUCCCAAAUCCUCCACCUCAGACUCUGUCCCUGUGACGAGCCCCAUGUCCGGGUGGCGCCGCAGCCCAGCUCCACUCCCCGCCUCUCCACCACCCAUCACCUCCGACUGCUACACCUCCGAUCCCGAGUCGGUGCACAUGAUGAGCCCCGUGUCACCCUGCAGGCAGAUGUCCAUCGACUACCCAGACUUUGAUGUUCCCAUUAGUCCCUCAGUGCCAAGCAAGGGCUCCAAACUGGUUCAGAACUCUGGAGCCCCUCCUGCAGUGAACAGUGAGUCCAGCACACCUGUCGACCGCGGCACUCAGACCUCCUACACGCCUCAGAUCCUUCCACAGCUCCCCCUGCAGGGAGCGCCCCAAACUGCAGGAGCAGAGACGCACCUGUUCAGCCAUCUGCCACUGCACUCCCAGCAGCCGUCCCGCUCCCCCUACAACAUGGUGCCGGUCGGAGGGAUCCAGCUGGUUCCAGCUGGCAUGACAGCUUUUGUCCCGUUCCAGACAGGUCCCGUCCAUCUGACCAUUCCAGCUGUGGGCGUCAUCCACCGAAACACGAGCCCAUUACCACCGCCAAACUCCCCUCCUCACCUGGAUGGCCAGCAGAGUCGGCUCCCAAUCAGCAGCAUGGUGCCGUGCUUCCCACUGGGCCAGGUCACGGGUCUGCAGGCCCAGACUAUUCAGCCAGUGGGCCUGGAAACCCUCAACCUGAUGGGCCUGACCAACAGUCAGCUGCUGCACCCACAAGGCCUGACACUCAACGCUGCUCUGGGCCUGCAAGUCCUGACUCCCAACCCGGCCUCCCAGAACGGUACACAGAACCAGGUGCCGGGUCUGCAGAUAGUGAACAUUGCGGUGCCAGCCAUCAUUCCCUCUCUCAGCCCUCUGUCCACCCUCAGUCCUCUACAAGGCUCCUCAGACUGGCAGGGCAGUGCCGAGGCCCUAGCAACACAGCCGCCACGGACGGAGAACGGCGUCGGUUCUGCUCCCAGCUGUGUGGCGACAUCAACGCCGGAGCCGAUGGCAGGCCGACGGCCGGGUCCCAGAGGUGCAGGGGGAACGCAGCAGAUGGUGGAGAAGGAAGAAGGAAAUAAAUUCCCCCAGCAGCAUCCAGCAGCAGCUCCACGGCAUCAGGCGGGCAGCGCCAAGCAGUCAGCAGCUCACGGACCCACAGAACCAGCAGCACGACCAGCAGCCGUCAACCGGCAGACGCUGAUUGAUGAAUAUAAUGAGGCGUCCAGCGACGAUGAAGACAGACUUGUCAUCGCCACCUGAGAUCCGUGGAGCCUCUUCUUCUUCUGUAACUCUCGUCACUUUGUAAAACUGAAAACACUUCAGGGGUUUGUCUCUUCUGCGACUCUCCUUCCAAAGCACAGAUGCUGAUGUUGUUACGUGCAAUCAUAUCCUCUAACGACCAAUCGCUUUGUUUUUGUACAUGUUGUAAAGACUAUCGUUCCUUUUUGGAGUUUCAUGUUUGGGAAGCUGUAAAUAAUUCGGUGGUUGUUUGUGUUCAUUUCAAGAGACGUAAAGAAAAGAGCAGAAUUUUAGAUUUAUUUUGGAAAAUUUGUCACGUACAUUAAUGGACUUAAUAAUGUUGUACUGGUAUGAGUACAUUUCUAUGGAUUAUGGGACAAAAAUGUUUCUGUGUACAGAUGUUGUGUUCGGCUAUUUAUUAAAAACCCAUCUAGUGCACAUUAUGAUUCAUAAGUCUAUAGGUAUGUGCAUUAUGGUAGCUUUACAUUGCUGUAUGAAUAUUCUUAACUGUAUCAGUAAAAAUUUGUUUAUGAA